CGUGAGCGGUCUGCAUCGUGACGUGCCAUCAGCUGACUGCAGUCUAGAGGAAGAAGAAGAAGAAGAUAAAUCGUCGGUCGACCUUCAUCAGUCGGUGAAUCUUUCCGCUGUUUCCUUCAACAUGGCGAGUCAGUCUCAGGGCAUCCAGCAGCUGCUGCAGGCAGAGAAGAGAGCCGCCGAGAAGGUGGCUGAAGCCCGCAAGCGUAAGAACCGUCGUCUGAAGCAGGCUAAAGAAGAAGCUCAGGCUGAGAUAGAACAGUAUCGUCUGCAGAGAGAGAAAGAGUUCAAGACCAAAGAGGCCGCUGCACUUGGUUCCCAUGGUAACAGCGCGGUGGAGGUGGACAGGGACACGGUCGAGCGGAUGGGUCGUAUCCAGAACAGUUACCGUGGUAACAGGGAGACAGUGUUGGGCGAGCUGCUGCGGCAUGUCUGUGACAUCCAGCCAGAGUUUCACGCCAACUACCGUGUGGCUGGCUGAGGGGGCGGAGCCAUUCAUGUAAACAAGUGGUGGAGUUAAGGCGGUAGGGGGCGGGGUAAACAGAGACGUGGAUGUUAGCAACACUAGCUCGGUUAGCUUCUGUCACAGCAAAAACAGUUCCUUUUUAUUUCAAGUUUUUUGUGGCUGAAACUUAAACAUACAGAGCUUUUAUUUUGAAGUUGCAAAGUUCAUUCUUCCUGUUUCCUGCUCCAAAAAUAAAAAAACAGUAAAUGUUGUUACUGUGUUGAUGUUUACGAAAUAUUUAUAAAUAUAAGAAUAAUUUUGUUUGUCAAAGCUUAACCUUAAAUCCUCCUGAACUUAAAUAAAAGUCUUUAUUUACUGUGAAGAGAAUAUCAGGCAUCAGUUUGAAAGAACCAAUCAGGCAUCAGUUAUAACUCUUGAUGACCUGAUUGGCUGAAAAAGGCUUUUAUUGUGGAACUUUUGCGCUUUGCUGUAUUUUUGUGUUUGUUUCCUAUAUGUGACCAUGUGACUUCCUGUUGACUUUUGUGAGGUGAUGAUGUAAAACAGAAAAUAUUAAAGUGAAUGGUGAUUGGCUGAA